GAGGCGGAGCAAGUCCAAAAUGGCGGCUCUCAGGCUGGCGCGCUCCGUGCUGCUGAGGCUUUGAGGUGGUCGCCGGGGGUCGAGGGGGGGAACGAUUUCCCCGCCGCGGAGGCCUUGGAGAAUGAAUCGGGGGCCCUGCUAAGGCUAGUCGGCGGAGGUGGAGAGAAGUGGCGGCACGGACUGCGGUGGAGUCCACGGAGCGGGAUGUGCGAGAGUUACUCCAGGUCGUUGUUGAGGGUCUCGGUGGCGCAGAUCUGCCAGGCGCUGGGCUGGGACUCGGUGCAACUGAGCGCCUGCCACCUUCUCACGGACGUGCUGCAACGCUACCUGCAGCAGCUGGGACGGGGCUGCCACCGGUACUCGGAGCUGUAUGGCCGGACAGACCCAAUUUUGGAUGAUGUUAGUGAAGCUUUCCAACUCAUGGGGGUUAGUCUUCACGAACUGGAAGACUAUAUCCACAAUAUUGAACCCGUCACCUUCCCACAUCAGAUCCCUUCAUUUCCUGUCAGCAAAAACAACGUUCUUCAGUUUCCUCAACCCGGAAGUAAAGAUGCAGAGGAAAGAAAAGAGUACAUCCCUGAUUACAUGCCACCCAUUGUGUCUUCUCAAGAAGAAGAAGAAGAAGAGCAGGUGCCCACAGAUGGAGGCACGUCAGCAGAAGCCAUGCAGGUUCCCCUGGAAGAAGACGACGAGCUGGAGGAGGAGGAGAUUAUUAAUGAUGAGAACUUCUUGGGUAAGAGACCUCUGGACAGUCCGGAAGCUGAAGAAAUGCCCGCGAUGAAGCGGCCACGCCUGCUGAGCGCCAAGGGGGAUGCCCUGGACGUGGUGUUACUGGAGGCUCGAGAGCCGCUCAGCUCGCUGAACCCCCAGAAGAUCCCUCCCAUGCUGUCCCCUGUCCACACCCAGGACAGCACGGACCCAGCUCCUCCAUCACCAGAGCCGCCAAUGUUAGCUCCAGUGGCAAAAUCACAGAUGCCAACCGCAAAACCAUUGGAAGCAAAGUCAUUUACACCCAAAACAAAGACUAAAACCAGUUCUCCAGGACAGAAGACGAAAUCACCCAAAAUGAUUCCGUCACCAGCCAUGGUCGGAAGUCCUAUUCGGUCCCCAAAAACCAUAUCCAAAGAAAAGAAAUCUCCUGGACGUUCCAAGAGCCCCAAGAGCCCCAAAAGCCCCAAGGUCAUGACUCACAUUCCCCAAGUACCUGUCAGAUCUGACACACCCAACAGGACUCCUUCAGCCACAAUAAGUGAGAGAAUCAGUAAAGAGACGGUUCAGGUGAGACAGGUACCGACACUGCCUGAUGCUGGGAGACUGAACAGUGAGAGUCAGCUCAGAAAGGCUGUCGUCACUGACAAGACCAUCGACGACUCCAUUGAUGCAGUGAUCGCACGGGCGUGUGCGGAACGCGAGCCUGAUCCUUUCGAGUUCUCUUCUGGGUCCGAAUCAGAAGGAGACAUUUUUACCAGCCCUAAGAGAAUUUCAGGUUCAGAGUCUGCUACCCCCAAAGCCUCCACCUCCUCCAAUAAUUUCCCCAAGUCCGGGUCCACCCCUCUGCCUCUGUCAGGCGGAACUUCAAGUUCGGACAAUUCGUGGACAAUGGACGCGUCCAUCGACGAGGUGGUUCGGAAGGCCAAGAUGGGGACCCCUCCCAGCAUGCCCCCCAGCUUCCCUUACAUCUCCUCCCCUUCGGUCUCUCCUCCCACCCCCGAGCCCUCGCACAAGGUGCAUGAGGAGAAACCCAAACCGCCGGCCUCCUUGGACGUCAAAAAGAAGUUGAAAAAGGAGCUGAAGACGAAGAUGAAGAAGAAAGAGAAGCAGCGCGAUAAGGAGAGGGACCGGGACAAAAGCAAGGAGAAGAGCAAAGAGAAGGAGAGAGGGAAGGAGAAGGAGAAGGACAGGGAGGCCAGCAAGGAAGCCAAGCAUCCCUGGAAGGACUUCCUCAAGGACGAAGAGGCCGAUCCCUACAAGUUUAAGGUGAAAGAGUUCGAAGGUGCGGAUCCGAAAGCCAGGUUGAAAGAUGGGAUUGUGAGGAAGGAAAAGGAGAAGCACAAAGACAAGAAGAAAGACCGAGAAAAGGGCAAAAAGGACAAAGAGAAGCGGGACAAAGAGAAAGUGAAAGAGAAGGGCCGCGAGGAGAGGCCGAAGGCCGUCCCGGCCCCACUGGUCCUGCCCCCCAAGGACGCGGCGCUGCCCCUGUUCAGCCCCACGGCCGCCAUGCGCAUCACGGCUGUGCUGCCCUCCCUGACGCCCGUGCUGCCCUCCCUGACGCCCGUGCUGCCCGAGAGGCUCUUUGAGGAGAAGGAGAAGCCCAAGGAGAAAGAGAGGAAGAAGGACAAAAAGGAGAAGAAGAAGAAGAGAGAGAAGGAAAAGGAGAGGGAGAGGGAGAGGCGCGAGCGAGAGAAGAGGGAGAAGGAGAAGGAGAGGCGCAAGCAUGAGAAGAUCAAAGUGGAGCCCGUGGUCCCAGCCCCAAGCCCCGUUAUCCCCAGACUGACUCUCAGAGUUGGAGCCGGCCAAGACAAGAUUGUCAUCAGCAAAGUGGUCCCAGCCCCCGAGGCUAAGCCGGCACCUUCUCUGAACAGACCCAAGACGCCGCCACCUGCCCCAACCCCGGCCCCGGCCCCCAUGCACGUCACCCCUGCCCCGGUGCCUUUGCCCCUCCUGAACCCGGCCAGCACGCCCCUCGCCGGGAUGCCCGACCCAGCGCCUGCUGCUUCGGGAGCCGCCAGCUCCAAAGCCCCUGUCCGUAGUGUGGUCACGGAGACAGUCAGCACUUACGUGAUCCGAGACGAGUGGGGAAACCAGAUCUGGAUCUGUCCCGGCUGCAACAAGCCCGACGAUGGGAGCCCCAUGAUCGGCUGCGACGACUGUGACGACUGGUACCACUGGCCCUGCGUGGGGAUCAUGGCCGCGCCCCCGGAAGAGAUGCAGUGGUUCUGCCCCAAGUGCUCCAACAGGAAGAAGGAUAAAAAGCACAAGAAGCGGAAGCACCGGGCGCACUGAUGCCUGGAGCAGGGGCGCCCCCGCCCACGCCCGCCGCGUGGCCCCGGACCCUGCGCCCGGCCAGACUGAGGACAGGACACGUGCCCCCACCCCCGGGGGCUCUGCGAGGGCCCCCGGCCGAGGGCCACGUGGUCGCCCCCGGAGAAAGACUCUCAUGCACGGGGCGGGGGGGAGGCCUCGCCUCCGUUUCCUAUUACCAGUGACAAGUAUUAUUAAUAAAAAGACUAUAAUCUUUCCUUUCGAUUUUCCUCAAUUCUCUCCAGGGCCUUUUCCGUAAGGUGUUAGCUGAGAAGAUGGCGUGUGGCCCGCCCUGACCGUGCCCGAGGGUGACGUGGGUCGGCUGUAUGUGUCUCCAGCCUCCUCCCCUCUGUAGUCAGAUAAUCGUAAUCACAUGAAAGAAAACUCCAGGGGGAGUGUCAGUAAAUAUUUUUGUGAUGAAAAAUAUAUGAAGCUUCCCCCACCCCACCCCUUGUUUUUAGUACUAACAUGUAAAAUGUUCAGGCUUUUUGUGAAAUACCUUAUAUUUUUUAAGAAAAAGGUUUCUAUCAUGUCCUGUUGGCUCUUCUACAAUUUGAUUUUGUUGACUCUCUCACCUGUCCUCUCUGUCGUCCCCCAGCUUUGCCCUUUCCUCCAAACUGCUGGUGGUCUUCUCAUGGCUUACCCAUCUCAUCAGCUUGUAUGGAAACUCUGCACACCAGGAGAUCUCCCCUAAUGUAAAUAAUAAAUAUUUAUGAAGUAGUUAUUUUUUAAAAAAUUUUUAUCGUGUUUAAUUCUGGCUUUCUGUGAAACGCGCUGUGGUUUCAGCCACGUCUGUAAUUACUGCUGUACAUAAGCAAAGAAGGCUGGAAAAAAAAGAGCCAUACGUAAGUUCAAAGUUACCUACCUUGAGCUGAACCCUCGCAGAACACUGGGGGGAGGACCUGAGCAGUUGGAAGGAAAACAAGGCAGUUUAAGUCUAUGGCUUGUGAUUUGAAAUUGUUUUGUUAUCUCUUCUAUUUCUGUAAAUUUCUUUGACUUCUUUUUGUUUCAAAGGACAUGUAGAUUCCCCGAAAGUAAAAAAAAAAAAAAAAAAAAAUACUGUAGCAUUUUGUGUUUAUAUUGUUUUAUUUCUGCUAAUCUGUUCAUUGAUAUUGUGGUUUAAGGCUGAAAUGAAGUAUAUUAUGCAAUUUUUUUUAAAGAAAACUCAUCAAAUUUCAGGGUAUCACAAAACUUUAUUAUAUUACUAUACUGCCCACUAUUUAUUAUAUGUUAAUAGAUGUCUGAGAGAGAAACCAAAUAUUUUAUUUUUAAUGUAAAACAUCAAAUUUAAUUUUAUUAGCAUAUUUUAGCAACUUUGGAAUAAAUAUGGACUUUUACUUGAUUUUGAAAUAAUCCCAACUUGGGCCAGUGUAAUGGAUAUCUUGAAUGCUAGAAUAUGGGCUUUGAACCUAAUACAAGUAUAUUAAUAGAAAUUGUGAUUUUUUUAAGUGCCAAGUAAAUUGAUAUUAGUGUAUGAAUUAAUCAUAUUUUAAAACAUACUAUGUGGUUAGAGAAAUGAGGUUUUCUGCCGUGAAUGUUAAAUUGCAGAUCAGUGUCACCCUCUCAAGUACAGUAUUUCAUUGCCCUCCUUGUUCUAGAAGCCAACAUUUUUCUAUGCCUACAAAGAAAGCAUCUAUGUUGAGAUACGUGGUUUUGUUCUAUUAAUUUGAGAUCAUCCUAAAUACUUUAUACAAUAUUUUCACAUGCACAGAAUCUACCCCAUUAGUGCUUUUUGGAGAGGAAUGAGGGUGGGGAAGUGCAAAAUAAAGGAUUAUUGGCUAUUUCAUA